UUCGAUCAUGAAACAAACGAAUAUUGGCCUGUGUGCCAUUGUAGCCCUUGUGGCUUUGUUGGGUUUGAAUGCAGUUAAUGCAUCUCCUGUUCACCAACAACAACAAUUGGUGGGAGCAAACAAAUGCACCUGGGGACCAACAUACUGGUGCAGUAACAUAACCAAUGCUAAAGGUUGUAAUGCUGUACGUCAUUGCAUUCAAACGGUUUGGGAGAGUCAUCAGGUUCCCGUUGACAAUGAUUCCAUUUGCCAGAUCUGUAAGGAUAUGGUGACACAGGCACGCGAUCAAUUGCGUAGCAAUGAAACCAUGGAAGAAUUAAAGGAAGUCUUUGAGGGCUCCUGCAAUUUGAUACCCAUUAAAAUUGUUAAGAAGGAAUGUUGCAAAUUGGCCGAUGAUUUUAUACCCGAAUUGGUUGAGGCUCUAUCAUCACAAAUGAAUCCAGAUCAAGUCUGUUCGGUGGCUGGCCUCUGUAAUAAUGCCGAAAUUGAUCAACUUCUACACAAAUAUUACACCGCUUCCCUUGAUGGAACAUUACGUGAAAGCGAAGAAGAUACAUCCAGUGAAGAAGCUGCUGUAACAAAAAUGAUAACUACAGCUCCUGAAACACCUAAAAAGGCAUCAUUGACUUGUGGCAAUUGUUUCAAUAUGGCCACUCUGUUGACCAAUAAAUUCCAAUCCAGCAAUCGUGAUGAUAUCUUGGAAAAUAUGUUACAUCUGUGCGGUGAAAUGUCUUCAUUCUCGGAUGCUUGUGCCAACAUUGUGUUGACCUAUUUCAAUGAUAUAUAUGAUCACAUCAAAGACAAUCUUGAACCAGCUGGUGUUUGUCACAUCUCGGGUGUAUGUGCUGCCAAGUACCAUCAACAUCCCGAAGAUCCCAAAGAAGAAGAACCCAUUGAUUUAAUGGCUCCCGGUAAUGAUGAUAUUCCAUGUGAAUUGUGUCAACAAUUGGUACAUCAUUUGCGUGAUCUCUUGGUGGCCAAUACCACAAUGGAAGAAUUCAAACAGGUCAUGGAAGGUCUAUGCAAUCAAACUAAAGGUUUCAAGGCCGAAUGUUUAAGUAUUGUUGAUCAAUACUACAGUGUAAUCUACAAAUCGUUGGUUGAUAAUUUGGAUGCCAAUGGUGCCUGCUUCUUGAUUGGUGUAUGCCCCAAGGGAUCAGAUGCCAUGUACAAGAGCGAUAUAAUGCCAAUGUUGCCCGCCAUACCGCCAGCAGAGGUAAAAAUAACCAUUCGCAAGAAGUUGGGUGCCCAUGAACCUAAAUUCACCCAGGAAGAACUUAAAGAUAUGACCUUGCCAAUUGAUCAUUUGAUGGGUGCCGCCAAUCCCUUCCAGCUGGUCAACAACGGUGAAUUAUGUACCCUUUGUGAAUAUCUAUUGCACUUCAUUCAAGAGACAUUGGCCACACCCUCCACCGAAGAUCAAAUUAAACAUACCGUCAAGAAUAUCUGUCACAAAUUCCCUGCCAGUGUUCGUGGCAAAUGUGAUGAUUUCGUUGAUAUGUAUGGUGAUGCUGUUGUGGCUCUAUUGAUUCAAGGACUAAAUCCUGUUGAAAUUUGUCCCAAAUUGCAAAUAUGCCCCAAACAUCAUGAAAACCACAAGGAUAUGGAAGUGUUUUCACCCAAGGCCACCGAUGAACAGGAUAAGCCAACAUGUCCUCUUUGCCUGUUUGCUGUUGAACAAGCCCAGGAGAAGAUCAAGGGUGACAAGUCGAAGAAAAACAUUAAAAAUGUAUUGGAUAAUUUGUGCACACACUUGCCACAAAAACUACAAAACGAAUGUGUCGAUUUUGUCGAUACCUAUUCUUCGGAAUUGAUUGAUAUGUUUAUUAGUGACUUUAAGGCCAAUGAGAUCUGUGUUGCUUUGAAAUUGUGUCCAAAGACAAACAACUAUUUGAACGAAUUGGGUAUCAGCGUUGAAGAUGAUAGCUCCAGCCAAGAAAUCGAUAAUGAUAUGUCCUUUAACGAAAUAAUUUCUCACGAUGAAAUGCCCGUUGAAAUUGUUUUCCAACAGCAUGUCGAAGGUAUUACCCCCAAUUGUUUGUUGUGCGAGGAAAUGGUUAAAAUUGCCGAGAAGCGUAUCAACAAAAACACCACAAAGGAUGACAUCAAAAAGGCUUUGGAAAAAUCAUGUGAAAAAAUGCGCGCCAAUUUGCGACCAAAAUGCCACAAAUAUGUUGAUAAAUAUGGUGACAAAAUCGCUGAAUUUUUAUUGAAGGAAAUGGACCCGAAAUUGAUUUGUGCCGAAUUGGGUUUGUGUCUCUUCAGCGAACAGGAAGAUUUGGAAAUCGAUGAAGCCUUGAAAUACGAUGUCAUUGCAAUGCCACAGGAAAAUGUUGUUUCGCCUAAAAAUGGCCGUUAUAGCGGCUUAGAUGAAUCGAUGACCGUACAAGAGCCACCCACCUGUGUGUUGUGUGAAUUUGUUAUGACAAAGCUUGAAAACGAUUUGAAAAAUAAAACCGAACAGGAUGAUAUUAAGCGUGCCAUUGAAACUAUAUGCAAUCGUAUGCCCAAGACCGUGGCCAAGAGCUGUGAUAAGUUUGUUGAGCAAUAUGCCAAUGCGAUUAUUUCGCUGAUUGGUAGUGUGCCACCCAAAGAGAUAUGCCAACGUAUGCAGUUGUGUUUUGCUGGCUUGGAUGAAGUUGUUAAUGAUGAAGUCAUUGAGUGCGGUGUUUGCCAUGGAGCAUCUUCUUCACUUUUGCCCUAUUUGAGAAAGCAUACCGAACAUGAUACCAUUAAUGUCAACGAUUUGAUUGAACUUGCCUGUGAAAAUGUACCAGCUAAAUAUUAUAAGAUUUGCUCUGAAAUGAUUCAAGUUUAUGGCAAGAGCAUUAUGCAUUUGUCCGAGAGCAUAGUUAUUGAUGAAUCCAGCAUUUGUUCCCAAAUUGGCAAAUGCUAUAAUCAUGAAAGAUCUUCAUUGGCUUUUGCCAGAAUUUCCGGUAUGUGAAAA